AGUAACUACAUUUACUGAAAUAAUCCUCAUUUCACAAGCUUACAUACCUUGUUAAAUAAUACCCUCAACAGGCCCGGGCGGGGGUGGUGUGAGAUAUGAGAAAUGAAACAUCCUAACCAGCUCCCUCUGCACACACUUCUCUGCACACAUCCGGGACUCGGGAUGAAAGAAGACGACGACGACGACGAAGAUCAAGUCCCUGCAUGGGUGCAGAGUCCAGCCUGAGGAAGGGGGAGGAAGGGAAGGGGGGGGGGGAAGAUUUCCUCCCGAGUGAGUGUGGAUCGAUAGUGGAUAUUAUUGGUAGUGAGCACAUAGAACAGACGCAGCGGACUUUGACAGAGGCCGCCGACUGGCCGCUAUCCAGGCCUAUCAAUCGCAUGGGCUUGGUUGGGCUGGGGGCCAUUGUUGGUGCUAGCAAUGGCUAGGGCGGUUACAGGGGCUUACUCGAAACGAAAAGAGGUUGAGAUGAAUGGUAACUUUUAUGUAACGAAGGUGGAUUUGGGAUAUUAUAAGUUAGUGAGAUAUUAUUGAAGGAGUAAUUCAGUCAUUGGCAGUUGUAGAUAUUGGAUAUAACUAAUAUUUAAUAAAUAAUAAAUAAUAUCUUGCAGAGGAAACUCGCUCACCAAGAUCUUCGAGACGAGACAGCAGCGUGUCGCAGGUCUAAUUGGCGGACAGCUGAAACAGCAUCGCCCGUGUUCUGUCGCGGGUUGAAACAGCCGGCGAUAUUUACGACGGCGAAGAGGAGAAGCGGAGAAGGGAGAAGAUGGAAGAUAGAAACUAGAAAAUAGACACAGAGGAUGAUGGUGAUGGUGAUGGUGAUGGUGAUGGACAAAGAGAUGUUGUCUGUCUGUCUAUCUCAACUUCCACUUCUCUUUCAACCUCAUCUUCUCUCCCUCUCUCUGUCUCUCUCUCUCUCCCCCUGGCUGCUGGAGUAAUCAACUAAUAGUCAACUAUUUCCAGUCCAGUCCAACAUCGCUCGCGGCCUCGUCCCUCCUCCUACCUACCUACCUACCUCGUUUCGCUCGUUUACUUACUUGCUUGCUUUGGGAAGACUGCGACGGGAGAGGUAGGCGAGGAGACGACAACAAAGACGAAGACGAAGAGAAAAAAAGAAGCAGCAGCAGAAGAAGAACUUCCCUAACUAUCCAUUCGUUUUACUUAUUUUUAAUCCCCGUUUGACCUAUCGUCGAUCAUUCGUUUGGAAGAAAUAAAUACCCAUUGUGGAACGGUUGGCUGGCUAGUUCAAAAACCCUUGAACUGGAAAAUAAAAAAAAUCAGCUGGACGGAGAUAUAUCUACCUAGUCUCUUUCAUCUGGUUCUUUCAAUCUGCUAUAUCUUUUGUCCUUAUCGUCCUUAUCGUCUUAUUUAUAUCGCUCCCGACUGUCGGUUUGUGCGAACCAGGGCUACUCUACGGAGUACACUCCCCUACAAGACGAAACACCAAUCCUCCCAAUCAAUCAAUCCCUCCCUUCCUCCUCCAACUAACCCCACCCGAUAAUAUCUCGCCGUCGCACCCAGAUAUGUCCACUGCGGUCGCUCCACCCACCGCUGCUCCCCUCCCCCCAAUGGUCGACCACAACCGUGAUCAUAACCGUGACCGUGACCGCGACCGAGAUCGUGAUCGUGAUCGUCCAAGUGCCUUUGGUGGCCGUGACAACGACUCCUUCUCUUCCAGCUCCCAUCCUGUCCUCGCUCCCAUGUCUUCCUCCUCCUCUCAACCUGCUACCACCUCCACCCCUUCGCGGCCAACUACGGAUCGCGCGUCCGGGAAAAUUACUCCCCCUGAUGGAAAACGUUCGCCAAAUACUUCUCGAAGCGGGGGCGCUGGCUCGUCCAAAAUAUCAGUUAAAAAGGAACCUCCAACCUCUCCCAGCCUUCACUCCAGCUCCCGUCAUCGCCCUCGCAAACUCGACCUCUCUGCCAGCACCCUCUCCGCACAAUCUGGCUCGUCCACAUCCCGCGGCCCCUUGACCGCAAGAGAAGGUGGCCUGACUGCUAUGCAUGAUGUUGGUUUGGCCUGUCUAUCUCCGGGCUUCCAAACCCAAGACCCUGCCAUCCGCGAGCAGCUCCAACGCAGCAUUUCCGUCAGAGACCAGCAGAGAUCCAUAAUCGAAUCCCGGCUGCAGAAAACCGCUAAGGGGGACGGUCCGGAUGGCAUCAAACCCUCAGAAUCAAAUCUGUUCGGCUCUCUCAAAACCCCUUCCUCCAAGAAACGACCUCCACCGGGCUUAUCAAUCGUCCCCCCUUCCGCCUCACAAUUCGCGAAUGAACGAGUCAUCCAGUCCGCCCCGCUAAACCAGACCUUCACCGGCCGUCAUCACCCCCACCCCAUCAGCCGCCAUCUCAUGAACCACCCUUCGGACCUUCAUAUGAACUCCCCCAUCCACCAUGCUACUCCCGCGAACCAGACAAACAACCGCCUCCCGCCGAUCGCUGACGUCUUUGGCUCCGAUGCUCUCGUCCCCCGCAACCAAGACCGCGAUCACCGUGACUGGGACCGCGAUGACAGGAAUAACAACUCCCACAGCCGCAACAGCAACACCAACAACAAUAACAACGGCGGUUUCUACCAAUCCACCGCUUCUUCAUUUAAUAAUAACUCCACCAGUAAUUCUAAUGCCAACAGCAACAAUAAUAGUAACAAUCUAGGACCCCUCCCCUCCCCUUCCCUCGCCUUAAACAACCCAACAUCCUCCUCCACAUCUUCCACCACCACCACAAAACGCGCGCGCGAAUACCGCUCCGCGGAAGAAGCCGUGCACGAACUCGCCGGCGGCCGUGAAGAGCUCCUCCCGCGCAUCAUCCACUACAACGGCAGCACCAACUCAACCACCACCAAUAAUACUAACCAACGCCACCACCCCACCUCACCCCCUCCUCCCGGUGCUAGUAUAAACGGCACGCAGCACACCUCCAACUCACUCCAUUACCACCAUCACCACCACCACAAUCAGCAACAACAGCCGCAGCAGCAACAACAACCCUACCCACCCUCAACCUCCGGCCGCCGCCGCACGCGCAACGAAUACGAGCGCGAUAAUGGCAGCCCGCCCUUGGGCACCGGGCCCCCGGAUAUGAGAUUCCGCGGCGCCCCUGCGACCGCCGCAUCUACGACAUCCCAUGGGCCAACUGCAGCGCAUGGCGGGAGUCCUGGCGGCGGUCAUCACCAUCACUCGCAUGGCGCUGGUGCUGCUGGUGGUGCAAGCUAUUCCACUGGAACGAGCGGUGCAUUUGGAUUUGGAGGAGGGGCGUUUGGAGCCGUGAGGGAUUCGCCAGAGACGCAACGGAGGAAGAAAGAGGAGUUUUUGGGCUUGUGUGCGCGGGCGUGGGAUUUGUUCCAUUCGUAAGGGGUGUGAGAUGUGGGUUGUGACUGGAUGGAAUGGAGUUUGAGGGCGGAGAAAUGUGGAAGGGGGGGGGGGGGGGGGGGGGUGGUUUGUUUGCGGGGUCGUAGGGUUUAGGGGUUUUUUUUUCUCGUCCAUUUCCCUUUAUUUCUUCUGAUUUCCUUGCCAUUUCAUUGAUUGAUUUGAUCUAUAUCACUUUCCGUUACGGUUUCGGUUUCGGUUCUCGGUUUUGGUGUUCGCGCGGUUAACGGUUUCUCUCCCUUUUGCUCCUACUGGAGGGAUUGUGGUGGCCGAUCCGAUCUCUACUACGCUAUGCGCGUGCCUGAGAAUUGGUACCGGUACAAAUGAUAUGUGGAUCGGAUUUGAUUGCAGGGCUUGCCUGGUCGACGUUCCCAUAUACAUACAAAUAUUUUUCCCCGGUUUUUUCUUUUGAUAAAUGCUGUUGAUGUUGAUGGUCAUGUCUUGUCUUGCUCUACCUUUUCUUCUUUCGUUUUCUCUUCCUCUUUUUUUUUUCUUUUCUACUUUUUCGCUCUACCCAUUUUGUCUCGUUUUAUCUAUCUUCGUUUCUCCUGCCCCCUUAUUUUUAUACAUAUCCCCAGCUCAAAAAACGCUUCUUACCUUGAUUUGCUUCUUAUUUCCCGUUAACACUUUUACAUUCACAUCCAUCUUUUUGAACUCAACUUUGUUUUUUUCUUGACAUUUCACUUUUUUGCCGUUUCCCCCUCCUUUUUUCUCAUUCUUCUAAUUUUAAAUUUCUUUGCAGCUUUUCCCUCUUUUUUCGCUUCUACAGGCUUUUUUCCAUUUAUUUUCUCGCCUAGUAUUUCCCAACGGGUGUCUGGUGCAUGCUACUUCUGAUUCGGAAUUUUUCUUCUCUUUUUCUUUUCAUUUCUUCUUGGAAAAGUUUCAUUCUCUCUGAGUGAUUACUUUUUUCCUCUUUUCUUUUCUUUUCUUUUCUUUUUUUUUUUUUAAUUAUCAAACUUCUAUAUUUUUUUCUCUUCUAUAUCUAUCUAUCUACCUUUCACAUUUUCUUUUUCAACAUUUGAAUAUCAGAUUCAGUUUUGCCUUCUUUCAGAUGAAGUAACACUCUUAUUUCCUUUUUCUUUCCAUAGUCAUCAUAUUGAUCUAGGCAAAACUUAAUUAUUUCAGUUUUUGAAUAGUUGAGUGGUGUUUUUCAUUCACACACCAUUCUGUUAAAAAUUAAUAUCUAAUGAGAAGAAUAUGCUAUAUACAUGCACAGCACUGUUAAUUGAGUAAAUCAAUUACUACCUAAUCAGCUAUAUAUCUACAAGUAUUAUCAAUCAUUUCUUCAACUCUAGCCACCUAGC